GUGACAAAGCCGGCGAAUGAUUCUGACAGUGUCUCAGUACAACAUGGCGAUUAAGGCUAUUUCCUUGCGUUAUAAGCUGUGCCUAAUUUUCCUCUAACAGUACUAGGGGAACAUAAAUGGAAAAAUUAUUGACGGACGAGCCGAAUGUCCUUGAAACACUUCUGGAACAAGGAGAAAGGUUUGCUCGAAAUGGACAACUGGACAAAUCUUUUAGUGCAUAUUCGAAUGCGUUUCGAGUCGGAGUUGUACCCAAGGAAUGCAUAACAUCGUUAGUGACUGCGCUUGUAGAAUUUCAACGAAACAAACUGUGUAAAGAUGGAAAGGAAGAAAGCUGUUCUCAAGAAGGCAGCAGUAGCCAAAGUAUGUUCUCUUGUGCAAUGUGUAACUGUGUGUUUAUGAAGCCAGUGACUUUGGUUUGUGGCCAUACUUUCUGUGAACUUUGUCUUACUGAGGAACACUCUUUCACUGGCCAUGUAGAGUGUAGUAAAUGUGGAAGGGAUGUUUCUACAAACUUGAUGUACUCUGUCAAUGUACUAGUAAUGAAUUGUAUCCAGAAAUGGUUUCCGAAAGAAUAUCAAAGACAGGUGGAAAAAAUGCAGGGACAUGAAUGUCUCAUUGGAAACGACCUAAAGACAGCCAUCAAGCGGUUCACUGAAAUCCUGUCUACAUCUUCUAACGAUUUUCACUGUUUGUGUUGGCGUUCUGACGCCCUUCUUCGAAUUGGACGACCAGAUUUGGCACUACGGGACAUCGAACAAGCUUGUAAACUUCGGCCAAGUUUAGCUAGAACUUUCUAUAGGAAAGCAGUAGUUCUAGCAAACUUGGCAAAACUCGAAGGGGUCCUGUCCUCCAAGCAUGAAGAGAGUGUACUGGCUCUGUUACGGUGCUUUGCUCUCUCGCCCGGAAGUCACCGAUAUCGCCAAGAGUUCACGGAAAAUUUACAUCAGUUGUUAAGCCCAAAAUUUACAAACUCAAAUAGAACUUUGUUAGUUCUCAAACUUGGUCGUGCCGGAAAGAAAGAACUUGCUGGUCAAGACGGUAGAACGGCAAAAAUGGACGUUACUAUGAAACACUUGACUCCACAUGUAAGUACCCGGGGGUACUUCACAUCGUCCAACCAGAACUUAGUUUCGCUUCAACUCAGAGGCAAAAGUGAUCGCAGCCACGAUGUAUUUACCAGUAGCACGAAAAGCAAUGCUGGUGGGGAGUUGAAAAAGAGAGCGCAGAAAUCUCAUUCAUUUUCAAACGGCAAAGAAACUUUAUGUACUAACGAUCAAACAAAGCUUAAUCAACAGGUCAAAAAGCCUAAAAGUGAAAUCGAGGCCGUUGGCGAAGGAAUCAAAAAAAGGUUCGUAGAAGUUGAAGAUUUUGAAUGUAAACUUUGCUACAGUUUACUGUUUCAGCCCAUAACGACAAUAUGCGGGCACACAUUUUGCCGGGAAUGUCUUGAACGAUGCCUUGAUCAUCGUGUCGAAUGUCCGUGUUGCAGAACUGCUUUAGAUCAGUACAACCGAGGAGAUCCAAACAUGGAAAUCACUGAAGUACUGGACGUCAUUUUAGCUAAGUAUUUCCCAGCGGAAUACAAUGAAAGAACGAAAACGUAUCAAGAAAAGAUGGACACGCUUCUGAGUUUGGGGAAAGGUGACAGUCCACAUGUGCCUAUUUUUGUCUGUACUGUAGCUGUGCCAAAAGUGCCAUGUCCAUUGCAUGUGUUUGAGCCGAGAUAUCGCCUAAUGUUACGCCGAUGUGUCAAGUCAGGUUCCAGGCAGUUUGGCAUGUGUGUGGAGAGCGAUGACCCAGAUAAAGACUUUGCAGAUUAUGGGACCAUGCUCAAUGUUGAAACUGUGCAUUUUCUUCCUGAUGGACGUUCCAUUGUGCACACAGUAGGUGGACGACGAUUCCGUGUCAUUUCACGAAGCAUGGUAGAUGGUUAUCACACAGCUACUGUAGAAUGGUUACAAGAUGAAAGCGUUGAGGAUGCGGAGGAACUAAAGCAACUCAUUGCGCUAAACAGAGAUGGUUACAUAACAUUGCAGAAUUGGUUCAGCCAGAUGACCACAGAACAGCGUCAGUGCGUCACUAAUGCCAUUGGACCUGUCCCAGCUUUCAAGGAAGACCUUCAGUUACUUCAUGAUGGUCCAGACUGGGUGUGGUGGGUACUUGCAGCAUUACCCCUUCAAGACAAAGCAAAGCUUAUAAUUUUAGGAAUGACAUCAAUGCUUGAACGGCUUAAGAGUGUAUUCCGUUUCUUACAGCUAAUGCUCUCAUUGCAAAGUAGCCCAAUGGAUACCAGUUCUUCGGCUUCCUGACAUAAAUUGUGUGUUGACAUGUAUUUAAUUUUGAUUUCUUGUCCCAUUUUACAGUGGGACAAUCAGUAUUAAAUUAUUUAUUUAUUUUCCGGUGGCUCUGUAAAUGAAUAUCCAUUGACCACGAUAGCAUUUGCAAAUUUUAACAAAACAAAGAUUCAAAUAUUGUGGUGACACCACAUCUGUGUUCUUUUUUCCAGCUGUUUAUCAUUUUAUAUGGGUUAAUGCACACCACUUUCACAGUAAUAGAUAACUGACAAGUGAUUAAGGUUUCUCUUGGCCUCUCCCUCAGCUAACUGUCAAUUUUGAUAGAAACUGUUAAAGUAAAUCAGUUGCUGAUAUAUAGGGCUUUGCUUUGACUAGGUUAAAAGAAUAAUAAGUAGUACUUUUGGCAAUGAUGCUUUAAAAAGAAGUUGCACAGGCUUUAAGGGUUUCUUUUACUUCUCAUCAGCUUUCUUUAAUUUUGAUACUGAGGUAUUUAGCAAAGCUUUGUUUUACAGAGGUUGAGAGUGUGCAGAAUUGUCAGUUCUUCAUGACAUAAUCAUUCCAGUCAAUGCUCAACUAGAAUGGAUUUCACUUGAAACCAAAAUCAAUUAGACAUCUCAGCCAAUCUCAAACCCUAGUAAAACCAGAGUAAUUGCCUGAUUACAUUCAACACUCAAAUGAAACUCACUCUAAAUAAAUGAAUAAAUUCUGCAAUAAUUCCUGAUUUGCUACGUGUGCUGCUAGAGCCAAUGUGAUGUUCCAAAAAUAAUAUCCAUAUAUGCCUACAGAAGGCAUUUCUUGGUGUGAACCACCACCCCCAAAUUCCAUGUUAGUUUAAUUUUCAUUGACCUUCCUCUGGGUGGAUAUGGAUAUAUUCUGGAACUGCAGAUUGUUCCAGUCUCAUUUGUUCUGAUAUUUAAAAAUACUAUUAAAAAUAUUUCCUUACAUUGACAAAUCCGGUUUGUACUUGAGCGAAGCUUAAUUAAAUGUGGUUGUGUUGUAAUGCUAAUUAGGGUGUAAAUACUUUCAGAAUGGAAACAAUUUAUUGCUUGCAUAGAAAUGGUUCAGCAUGAAGUCAGAUCUGUCAUAAGUAAAUUAAUGCUAAUGUUUUAUGUGAAUGAUCUUGUUGAUAUUUUGCUGUAUUGUCACACAAUCAAUUAAAAUUGUUGGAAACAAAGCUAUGGCUCCUGAGAUUAACACAUUGUUUAUGUACCAUGUCAACAUAUUGUGUUAUAUAGCUGGUGACUUUCCCGCUACAG